AUGUCCUCCACCCUUCCUUCAUCAUCCUCUCAUCUCAGUACUUCCACAAAGAAGAGUACAUUUGAAAUCAAUGUGUGUAGUUUCAAUAUUAGGUACGAUAGUUUACUUGAUUUUGGAAAUAAAUCAUGGCGAGUGAGAAAGGCUCUUGUGUCAAAAUUCAUUCAAGGCUUGAGUCUUGUUCCGAAGACCAACGACGAUGUGAUGGAAGAAGGAAAUUCAUCAUCCUAUGAAACAAAUGAAACGAAGAAACAACAACAACAACCAUCAACAACCAUACUGCACUCACCUUUGUGUACAUUGGUUGGUCUUCAAGAGGUUUUACAAAAUCAAUUGCAAGAUAUAAAGAACUACUUGUCCAACAAUAAUAAUAAUAAUGGAACAGAUCCCUCAAUUCCGAACAACAACCAUAACAAUUUUGGAGGAUUUACCAUCUUUUCAACAGGUAGAGAAGCAAAGAAUGGUGGAGAACAUUGUACCAUCAUGGUUAAGAGUGGCAGCACAACAAACUCAACAAACAACUAUUCGAGUGGCACCUUUUGGUUGAGUGAAACACCUGAGAAGCCAUCCAAAUAUUGGGAUGCAGCUUGUUACAGAAUUGCUACCUGGGUAAAAGUGCCAAUUCAUAUCAAGAAUGAUGACGAGAAGAUUGGUGAAACAACCUACCAUUUACUAUAUUUGAACACACAUUGGGAUCAUUUUAGUUCAAGGGCUUGUAUGCACAGUGCAAAAUUGAUUAAGAAUUUUGUCAAGGAUCAAGUGUUGAUGAAAAAUUCAGAAGAGAAUUUAAUUGGAGUCGUUGUGAGUGGAGAUUUCAAUUGUAACGUUGAAGAUAGGGCUUUUCAAGAAUUAUUGCAACCUUUGGAAAUUGAGAGUGAACGCUAUGGUAAAUUUUCAUUACACUUUAACAAUUCCUAUGAAUACUGCAAGAAGCACAUGUUACCAGUUUUAGGAAAGGAAACGACCUUUAAUAAUUGGAGUUUGAAUAAUCACUCAUCUAAGGUCACACGAAUUGAUCAUAUUUUGUUUGCAGAAAUUCCAUGCCCAACAACACCUCACCACAUUUCAUUAACACCAACCAAAUACGAGUGUUGCGAAGGAACAGCUGAAUUGGUGACCGAGGGCUCUCAUAAGAAGGAAAUCAUUGUCAUCAGUGAUCACUAUCCCAUCCUUGUAAAUUUCUCACUCUCUAUUACAGCAAGAGAGUCUACACAAUAA